AUGGAUGCAAAAUUUCAUCAUAAAGAGAGAAAAAUCGUUCCGCGUUUUCGUCGUAAAAACGCAAAUAAUAAUUUAAUCGAUGCUGAUGACGCCGAAGCUCAAGCUUUGAUCGACAAAGAAUUAGAAAGUCAUUACGUUUGGACAAGUGACACAAUUAAUGAAGAUUUCAAACAUCAAUUCGAUAAUUAUCAAAGUGAAGAAAAUAAUCAACAAAUUUCAAUCAAAGAUGAAAUUUACCAAAAUCAACUUUACGAUAUAAAUGAUGGAGAAAAUGAAGAUUUGUGGAAAAAGAAAGUCGAAUUAGAUGAAAAUUAUGAAGUAAAAUGGAGUGAUGAUCAACAAGAAAGAGAAAUUCAAUUUAAUAUUCAUUCAAUUCAAGACAAACAACAACAAUGGUCUUUAGAUAAUCAAAAUCACGAACGAAUUCAAUUAAAUCUUUUCGAUAAACAACAAUUAAAAAAUAAACACGAUUUAGAAACUGAUGAUUCAAAUCAAGAACAAAAUUUCAUUCAAGGCGAAGAAUUUCGAAAUCAAAUGAAAUUCGCUAUAGAAUCUCAAUUAAACGAUUUAAAUAUAUUUCCGGAAAACAAUGAAGAUCUUCGAUCGACCAUCAUCGAUCCGAAUCUUCCAAUAAUUGAUACAAAAUUAAGUUGUGAUCAAGAAGCGAUUAUUCUCGAAUGGAUUGAAGGAACAUCUGAAUAUCAAUUAUCAUUACCCGUUGAAAAACCUACUGAAGAAUAUUCACCACAAAAUGAUAAACAAAUUGAAAUUGAUUCGAAGAAUCUCAAGGCACUUCAUUGGUCAUUGGAUUUACUCAAAGAAAACUUGAUUUUAUCUUAUUUAAUUAGUUUACCAAGUAAUGAUCGAGAACAAUUGUCGAUUCCGGAAGAUCUUCAAGUGAAAUUAUCGAUCGAUGAUGAGAAGAAUUUACAAAUUUUCUCAUUAAAUGAUUCAAUAUUUUGUCAAACGAUAAGUUUAUCAUCGAAUGAUUUGAAACAACAAUUAUUAACCAUCAUUGAUUCAAUUCAAAUGAAACAAAACUUCGGAAUCGAUGAACAAAACUCAAUUUGUCAAUGGUCAUUAAACGAUUUGAAAAUAUUCAUUCAAAAUCUUUCACCAAAUGAAAUUCUUCAUCAUCUCUAUUCACCUGAAGACGCAACAAGUAUUUCACUUGAACAAAUUCUCAUUGAAAGUGAUGAAAUCAGUGCUCGUGCAUUUCGUCGUUAUCGUUGUAAACAUAUGUCGAUAAAAAGUGAAGAAAAACAACAAUUUGAUUCAACGGAAAGUUCACAUUUAGAAUUCAAAGGAAAUGAAACCAUUGCGAUUGGAGAAGAACAAAUACAAAAUGAUUUCGAUGAACAACAAUCAUUCAAAGAUAUAACAACAUGUGAAAUUCUAUUAAAUGAAAAUAUUUCUCAAUCUUACGAUAUUAAAGCGAGUGAAAGUUCUCCUAUUAAACUUGGUCCAUGUUUAUUUCGAUCGGAUUACGAACGUGAACCACCGAAAACUUGGUCACGUCUUCGUCGUGAAAUCGGUUACAUUUCUUACGAUGCUUCACUUGCUCAACCAACUUAUCAUCUCGAUAAAUCAUUCAAACGUUAUGUUCACAUUCCUAAACAACGAACUCAAUGUUCUUAUAAUGUUUAUCGUGGUUAUGAAGAAUUCAAAGAAAAAGCUCGAUUAAAUCCUGAGAAUUAUUUUCGUCCUCAUGAUGGAACUGAUCUUCGUCCAUUACUUUCCUGGUAUUCACAAAAACAACAUCUAUUCUCGAAAACAAAUUCUACUCUAUUAAAACCACCAACAUUCAUCUGUCGAAGAUUAGUUUUACGAACAAUUUUAGCUAAUCUUUAUUGUGAUAGUGAUCCAUGGAAAUUACUUGUUGUUCGAAUCAAAGGACAAUUCUAUUUAGCCAUUGCAAAUAAAGCAACGAGACAUGUAGAAAAUAUGACAGAAGAUGAAUAUAGUGGAUAUAAAUUUGAACAACUUUUUACAACACAACAACCGAAUACAACGAGAUUUGAAGAACAAAUUCCUCUAGACAAACCUCAAGAACAAUUUCAUACUGUACAAUAUUGGAGAUUUGGAGAAUUUAAUAUUCUCUAUUCAAAUGAAAUUGAUGGAGAAAUUCAUCAAGAUAUGAUACCGAAACAAACGGAUGAGUCAGUAAAAGUCAAUUUAACACAAUCGACAGAAAACGAAGAAGAAGAAGAAGAAGAUAGGGACGAUGUAGUUGAAGAUGAAAAUAAAGUGGCUCAAAUCAAUGAAAAUCUUGAAGUUAUUCAAACUGAUGAAAACGAAACAGUUGACAAGAAAAAACGUUUUGAAAAUGAAAUCAAAGCUGGUUAUGUCGAAAUGAAAUGUACAAACAAAAAAAUCUUCUAUCGCGAUGAAAAUAAAUUACAAACACUUUUCUGGUGGGCACAAAUGUGGUUAGCAAAUGUCAACACACUCAUGAUUGGUUACAAAUCUUCUAAUGAUGGAACUAUUAAUCAAAUCGAUUUAUUUUCUAUUCAAAAACUUAUCUGGAAGUUUCUUUCUCGUUACGAUCUUUAUCUUAAAUAUUGUCUUUCUUAUCUUUAUUCAUUUCUUCAAUUAAUUCAACAAACAAUUCAUAUUGAUGAUCCAAAUACAAUUCACGCAUUUGCUUAUAUUCCUCAACCUUUAGAAAUCGAUCCAUUGACUGGAGAAGCUGUGCAAGUUGAUUUACCGCAAUGUGUUCCUUUUCGUUACACACAAAUCAAAAGAUCCAAUCAACGACACGCGAAUUUAAUGCCUGAAUGGUAUCUACAAGAAAUUCUACGAGCAAUUCCAAUACGAGGAAUUAUUGAUGAGAAAACAAUUGAACAGGAAAUGAAAAAACGAAUUGGUCAUCGAGGAAGAGCAUCGUGUAUACUUAAACAAGAAGAAAAUCACGAAAAAAAACGUCCGAAGAAAAAAAAAUAG